AACAGCUGGUAUUGACCAAUUGGUCCGCCCACGCAUUAACACGCCCCAAUAAAAUCGACACCUUUUGAAUUUGCGAGUUUUUGUUAUUCUCAUAGUGUAUGUAUGUUCCUAUCCUGUAAUUAACACGUCCAAGACAGUUGAUGGUAUAUAAGGCCAGAAGCAGCAGAGUUUGGCCAAAACAUAGUAAAGUCUCGCCUCGUCGUGUCGUCAUGUCGUCCCUGGAUCAUUUUCUUAAGGUGCAAAGGGACUUCUAUAAAUUGAUCGGUUUCGAUUAUUUCACCGUGGGUGAUAGCUGGCAGUAUCGAGGAAUGUGUUUCGUUGUGGGUCUGUCAUCUAUUACGCCCUUCAUUGCGACAGCUGUGUUUCAUAAUUUGACAAGGGUCGAAGAGUUAUGCGAUUCUCUAUGCGCUUUACUAAUCACUAUUUUGGGUUUGUCCAAAUACGCAAUGAUGGUCCAUCUAAGAGGUGACUUUACCGAUUUGAUAAAGAGAUUUCGUAAAAUGAUUGACCAGGAGUUUCACAAGGAGAACGGGCUAAGACAUGUCAUUGAAAAAGAGAAUCGAAGAGAUCAGAUGAUAAGUCGACUAAUUAGAAACAUAUUUUGUGUGGUUUGGUUGAUCAACUCUUCUUUGCCUCAUAUCAAUAGGGUAAUCACCUAUAGGCAAACUGGAAAAUGGGAGCCAUAUAUGCCUUAUCCUUGCUAUUUUCCAUGGAGUACGGAGUCCAGUCCUAACUAUAUCCUCUCCUAUUUGUGGUCCAUAUUUGCCGGAUUAAGUGUGGUCCUUGCUGCAAUUGCUAUUGAUACACUUUUUUGCGGGCUUACACACCAUUUGUGUGCCUUCUUCAAGAUCACACAGAACCGGAUGGCGACAUAUCGUUGCUCUACCCAAAAAGAAACGGAGGACAAUUUGAAAGAGAUAUUUAAAAUCUAUCAGGACUCUUUGAAUAUGUGUGUGCGAUUGAAUGAAUGCUUUGCGCCACUCAUUUUUGUACAAUUCUUUGUAUCGUCUCUUCAAUUAUGCGUCGUGGGGUAUUUAUUUUCAACCCAUUUCAAUGAGCCGCAGGGUAUGUACUAUGGCGCAUACAUGGUAUCAGCACUAAUUCAAAUAUUUUGCUAUUGUUAUUGCGGUGAGUAUCUGAAAACGGAGAGCUUUAAUUUUGGCUGGGCCAUCUAUGAUAGUCCUUGGUACGAGGAGACAAGAUCAUCAGUUGGCAUUACUCGUUCCAUGCUUAUCAGCAUGAUGCGUGCCCAGGACGCUUGUCGAAUCACUGGCUAUUUCUUUGAGGCCAAUAUGCAGGCCUUCUCAGCGAUUAUUCGUACGGCUAUGUCUUACAUAACUAUGUUGCGUUCACUUUCGUAGAAAGGCGCACAGGAAGACGAAUUGAAAUCAAAAAAGAGUUAAUAUUAUAUAACAAAAUUAUCAAAAUGCACGAUAGAUUUCACUUAAAUGGCACCACCAUUAUUAUAAAAA